CGCACAUUAUCCAUCGCAUUCCUCACCCCCACACAACUCACAGGCAAGAACCAUGCCUCAUCCAGAAUCGAAGAAGCGCGCAUUCUCGGAAAUUGUCGACGAUGAGCGCGAUGCUGUCAAGUCGAAGAAGCCCAAGGUCGAGUCCGACACCGAUCCUGACCAGAGUCUAGUUUUCCAAGAUAACAAAUCCAAGAAUAAAGGGAAGGAUGGAAAGAAGAGGAGGCGGAAAAACAAGAGCAAGAAACAGCCCAUCACCGCUGGCGCGUCCCGGACGCGGACGAGGAGCCUAUCUAUGACUCUCGAGCCCGAAAAUGGCCUACCUGCUCAGCCAGAGUUUGUUCAAGGCUCUUCUGGUGCUUCCUCAUCGUCUAUUUCCCCUCGGGCCGCCACCCAGCAAUUAACGCCGGUUCUCGCCAUCAAAUCGGAGGCAACCCAGCCUUUGCUGUCCAAGAAUGCUAUCACCGCAGAACGCCCUCCCGAGCCGAAGGGCAAGCAACCCGAGCAAGUCCUUUCACCCAGACAAUCUGCCACUGCACCCGAAGCCACCUCAGUCCCCAAGGAAACGCUCCAAAAGGUCCAAAAGCAGCUUACAACCACAACUGAGACUCUCGGAACGCACCAAGCACUGCUCACUACACUCCUCCCGUCUCUCACCUGUCAAAUCUGCCUCGACCUCCUCCACAAACCCUUCUCGCUCGCCCCUUGCGGCCAUGUCGCAUGCUACUCCUGUCUUUGUUCCUGGUUUAAAGCUCCUCCAGCAGAUCAGAUAGGCCCCCUGAACCCUCAUAAUGUCCUGUUCCGUAGGAAGACAUGCCCUCACUGUCGCGCGGUCGUAAGGGAUCGACCAUCGGAGGUGUGGAACAUUAAGGAUAUGGUCGAAGGGGUGGUCAAGAGCGGUCUUGUCCGCGAUAUGUUCGCAGACUGUGAACCCCCAACCGAACCCACGGCAGAGGAACGGGCCAAAGACCCCUGGGAUAAAAUAUUCCACAAGCCAGCCGCGAACGCGAACCAUAAUUUCGGUCAUGUCCCUCUUCCUCCCCUCAUGCUUCUCGGCCAGCAUAUCAACGCUGGACCUCAUCACGGCGUGCUACCGGGAGACCUUCCUCCUCUUCAUGAACACCGGCAGGAGCACCAUCACGAUGGCGAUAGAGAUUAUGAGUUGACGGGCAUGUACGACGACGACGACGAUGUCUGGCGAUGCGUGGACUGUACGCAUGAGAUCUGGGCGGGGAUCUGUUCGUCUUGUCAGAGGGUCUACCCUGAGAACGAGGAGUACGAUCCAGAAGAGGGCGACGAGGACGACGAGUACAAUGAUGGGGCGCCAUUCCAUGGAAUGCUCAACGCGAUGUUCGGUGCACCGUUGCCGGGUGCUGGACAUGGACACGGCGCGCACGAUCACCAUGAUCACCCCGACCUUGGUCUGCACGACGAUGAAGACCUCGACGACGGGCUCUAUGAGGAUGGGUUCCACGGAGAAAGUGGGGACGAGGGCGAGGACGACGUCGAUGUCGACGAUCUAGAGGGCUUUGAGGCCAGAGCCGAAUUCGACAGGGAUUAUCGGCAACAGCUGCAUCGUCAGCUUCCAUACAUCCAUGACUUGUUUGGCGUUGGAGGAGAGGUCGAUAUCGAUGGUGACGAGGACGGUGGGGAAGGAGAGGGCGGUAGCGAUGGGUAUGAGAGCAGUUUCAUUGAUGAUGCAGAGGCGGCGCAUCAUGGAGGCGAAAGAGAGAGGGGUGUGAUCGAGAUAUCGUCGGAUUCGGAGGAAGAUGAUGUGCGUGAGGUUAGGCCGAGGUUAGGGCGGAGGAAUGCGCCCAUUGUGGUCUCGGAUGACGAGGAGGAAAUGCAGCCGCCACGAUAUCCUUCUUCGUUGAGAAGAAGGAUUGUUGAGUCCGAUGAGGAAGAAGAUGAAGAAGAAGUUGAACGUCAUCGUCCGCGCGCAGGCCCUAGCCAUGCAACCGACGAAGAAGAAGAGGAAGACUAUCCCUUCGACGCCGAAGCUCACGGCUACGAAGAAGACGACGACGGCUCCAUCGCCCGUCCUCCCAUCCACCUUGCCCACCUCCUGCACAACGCAGACUCGCCCAUCCCCGAUGCGCGCGAGGUCGCCGAGCGGUUCGGCGAGCAGGCGGGGUGGUAUGAAGACGAUGAGGAGAGGGACGAUUAUGAGGACGACGAACCGAGGACGGAUUAUGAGGAUGAUGGCCCUCCCCAUCAUCAUCAUGUGGAGCGCUACUUUGACUUUCCUGCGCAUGCGAUGGGUGGCGGGUUUGCGGAGGUGUACCCGGAUGAGCAUGGGUACGAUGAUUAUUACGAGGAUGGGGAGGAGGAUGCGGGUGAGCAUGGGGGGUAUGAGUAUGGGGAGGACGAUGAGUAUGGGGAUGGGUACUAGAUUUGCAUAAGUCUCGAUCUGGGACUCUUGCUUCGUGACUGGUUUGCUGAAUUGUUGAACAAGGGUGACGUGUCCGUCGUGUAUCGUACUGUACGUUUUUUCUUGUGGUUGGUAAGUAGCAUGCAUGCGUGUCUUUGGUUCCUUGUAUCUAUUUAUCGUGGUCCUGUUCAUGUAUGUUCUUGGUCUGUCGUCUAGUGAAUAGCCUUUCCGCUUUGGUCACUCGGGCACAGUGGUUGGACAUUUGCAGUUUAUUU